AUGCUUAGUAGUAUGAGUUCGGUUGAAUGCCCAAUUCAUCCAAACGUCCAUUUGGUUGAGGACCAUAGAGCUGGUGAUGUUGUUUGCCCGGAGUGUGGUUUAGUCGUUGGUGACAGGUACAUUUUGUCUUCGUGUACUCUCACUUUUUACAACUCAGUUCCGAUAAUAAUAUGCUUUGUUCUAAGACUUGUUGACGUCGGUACCGAAUGGCGUUCGUUUUCAAAUGAAAGAAGUGGAGCUGAUCCAUCUCGUGUCGGCGCUCCUGAAAAUCCUCUUCUCAGUGGAGGUGAUCUGUCCACAAGUAUUGCAGUUGGAUUUGGGGCUAGCGACGGUGAUACCAGUCUCGCUAAUGCCCAGCGAAAAAGCAUGAAUAACACCGAUCGCCAAAUGACACAAGCAAUGAGUGUUAUAAGGGAAAUGAGUGAAAGAAUUCAUCUCGCAAAAAGUAUACAGGAUUUGGCUUCGAAGACUUUCAAGGACGUCCUGGAUAGCAAGGCUCUCAAAGGGAAAAAUAAUGAGGCGCAAGCUGCUGCUUGCCUCUAUAUUGCUUGUCGAAAAGAAGGUGUUCCAAGGACAUUCAAAGAGAUUUGUGCUGUUUCACGUGUUUCGAAGAAAGAGAUUGGACGUUGUUUCAAGCUAAUAAUAAAGAGUCUCGAGACUAAUCUUGAACAGAUCACCUCAGCUGAUUUCAUGUCAAGAUUUUGUGGAAAUCUAUCGCUUCCGAAUUCUAUCCAGGCGGCAGCCACUCGUAUUGCUAAACGUGCUGUUGAAAUGGACCUUGUUGCUGGCCGUUCACCUAUUUCCAUCGCUGCAGCCGCCAUUUAUAUGGCCUCGCAGGCGUCCAGUGAAAAACGAUCAGCUAAAGACAUUGGUGAGAUUGCCGGUGCAGCAGAAGUGACGGUAAAGCAAACAUACAAGCUGUUGUACCCGCGAGCGGCGGAACUGUUCCCGGACGACUUCAAGUUCGUCACACCAAUCGACCAGCUGCCGACGUCGUGA